CGAAGGCAGAAGGUGUGAAGGAUUAGAGAGAGAAACAAGUGAGAGAAAAUGAGUGGUAAAGGAGAAGCAGCGGGUUGUAACCAGACGUGCGGGUGCCCAUAUCCAUGCCCUGCUCCUCAUUCCUGCAGGUGUGCUACUAGAAUCAGAACAAUUCCGAUUCAACACGUGUACUGCAAGUGCGGGGACCACUGUGGGUGCAACCCUUGCGAGUGCGCGAAAACAGAGGUCUCUGGCACGGAUGAACUUACGUGCACGUGUGGUCCCGGUUGCACGUGCGAGUCAGAGACAUGUCGUCAUACGGCCUGAACGUGUGAUGUUUCACACGUGUCACGGGGAACCAAAUUAAGUAUGAGGUUGCUUUGUUGUCCUUAGUGUUAUCUCGUUUCUCUCCUCUCCGUGGGAAAGCUUUGAGAUAGUUUGGUUUUCUACAGUAUGUAGACUGUCUGUGGACUGCAGACGGAUAUAUGUAAAGUCUAGUCUCUAUGUAAAUUUAAGUGUUUUUAGU